AUGUGCUCCGCCUUAUCGCCCCGCUGCACAAAUAUCAACAAAAAGCACAAAAAGCGCGUCCGUAAGAUCCGACUUCCCGAAAUCAUAUCAUUAUCACCUGCACAGUCAUCCUGCAUUCCGCUCAACAACUUGUGGGCUGCCGACAACAUAGCCGGGCACUACAAGCGAGCUGUCAGUUGUGGAACCAUUCAGCUCACCGGUAAUAUCAGUGGCGCCAUCAUUGGGUUUAUCUUCACGUCCCAAUCUGCUCCCAGGUACCGCAAAGGCAUCUACUUUGACAUCGCUGCCACCGUGAUGUCGAUGUGUUGUACUAUCGUUUUGCUUCUCGGGACUCGGGCCAAGAUAAGCAAGAAGGCCAAGCAAGUUGCGGCUGGUGCUCCCGACGACAACUCUCUCGGGGACGAGAACCCUCAUUACAAGCUAUUCCUUUGA